AUGUGGUGGCCUUCCAUUGGCGCUCAAUGUCAUAGGGGAGACCAUGUCAUGCAAGAGACGGUGGAAGAAUGGCGUCACGCGAUAAAUGUUUUGACUUCGUACGCUACAGAGUUUUCUGGCAUGGAAGAUAAGAUCCUUCCGCUUUUGAAGUAUAGCUACGAUAAUCUUAAGGGCGAGGAUGUCAAAUCAUGUUUGCUGUAUUGCGCUUUAUUUCCAGAAGAUGAUCUGAUUUCUAAAGAAGAUUUGAUAGACUACUUGAUAGGCGAAGGUAUUAUAGAUGGAAGUGAAGGUAUAGAGAGGGCCAGAACAAGGGGUGUAGGGUUAAAUGAAAUUCCAAAGGUUAAGAAUUGGAACAGUGUGAGAAGAAUGUCACUGAUGAAGAACAAGAUUCGCAAUCUAGCUGGCAGUCCUGAAUGUCUCGAACUCACAGCUUUUCUCAUGCAACGGGGAGAAUUGGUAAAUAUCUCGAGUGAAUUCUUCAAGUCCAUGCCGAAGCUACAGACUACAGGUAUCCGUCAUCUCCCUAAGGGUCUACAAGAGUUGAAAAAACUCAUUCACUUGGAUCUCGGAUACAAGCUUUCGAGUAUUGCUGGGAUAUCAAAUCUGCAUAAUUUGAUGAUACUGAAUUUGGAAGUGGCUUUUCAUGGGAUCGCGGCAUAG